AUGGCAAAACAGGCUCGGGAGGUGGCUGUUCCUGUGAAAGGAACUAAUUCAGUGGAAAUGCGAGCACAGUAUGGAGCGAACAGCUUCCUUUUGCUGUUUCUGAAUUUAGCGUCUUCUCUUACAGUUUCUAAAGAAACUCUAACUCUGGACGCUAACCAGCAACAUGCUCUGCGGUAUGAGAAGAUUGUAAUGAACUGCCGGACUCCAUUCCUGAACUUGAGAGAACAUAAGCGUUUCCAGUGGUAUCAGAAUAACAAGUUCAUAAAAGAAACUGAAGAUGGUUCACUCACCAUAGGAAAUGCCAAACAUUCAGAUGAAGCAUCUUAUCGAUGUGAAUUAAGAAUGAGUUAUAGAAAGUGGGUUUCGAACAACCUAACUAUCACAGUAUCAGAACGCUUUGCUAAGCCCGUGCUGACGGUGGGGCCGGCGGCCGAAGUAUUCGAGGGGGUCCCGAUUACACUGACGUGCAUUGUCCGGGCGGCAAGGCCCUCCGUCCAGCUUCAAUACUCAUUUUACAGAGAAAACGCUGCCCUGGAGGCCGAGCAUCAUCACGGUGCCGUGUACACCAUCAAUGCAGCCGCUGCAAACUUUUCCGGGAAUUAUGUGUGUGAAGUGAUCGAAACAGUUCACAGUCUGAGGAAGAGGAGCAACAGCAUUCAUAUUUCUGUUAAACAACGAUUUGCCAAGCCCGUGCUGAGGGUGGAGCCAGCUGAAGUAUUCGAGGGGCUCGAGUUCACGCUGACGUGCACUGUCCUGGCGGCAUGGCCCUCCGUCCAGCUUCACUACUCGUUUUACAGAGACAGCGUAGCACUGCAGACUGCACCUGAUCAUGGAAGCGUGUACACCAUUAACUCAGCGGCUGCAAACCUUUCUGGGAAUUACACCUGUGAAGCGAUCAAUACGGUUUAUGGACUGAUGAAGAGGAGCAACAGCAUUCACAUUUCUGUUAAACAGGCGUUUGCCAUCCCGAUGUUGACCGUGCAUCCUGAGGGCCAGCUGUUUGAUGGCCAACGAAUUAAAAUGGUGUGCGGGAUUGAAGAGUAUCCCUCCCAAGCUUCCUUGUGGUACAGAUUUUACAGAAAUGAGGUCCCUCUCCAGUCUCCAUCAGACCACAGUGAUUACAUCUCUGAAUCAGCUCGUCCGACAGACUCGGGAAUUCCAGUGUCAAAACCGGAACUAAUAAUUCAACCCAGAAAGGAUCUGAUCGAAGGAGACCCAGGAUACUUAAUUUGUUCAGUCUCCAAUGGUUCUCUGCCGAUUUAUUACCAAUUCUACAACAGCUCAAGUGUGGAACUGUACGGAGAGCUUUCUAACAACACUGAACUUGUUUACAACAUUGGGCCUAUCAGCAGAAGUGACGAAGGCCUUUACCAUUGCUCAGUGAGAAAUGAAGUGACAGGCCCUCAGCACAGUGAAGACAUAGAGAUCGCAGUGAUAGUUCCUGUUACAGAUGCUGUGCUAAUUUUCUUCAUUAACGGGACUGAGAUACAGUCUGGGGACCGCCUUGUUCUCCGGUGUCGGGUGAGGGAAGGCACAAAGCCCCAGUUCGUUUGGUACCGUGACAACACGCCGCUAAGAAACGGCAGUGCAAGCUACCAUGUGACUGCUGACGGUGGUGAGCUGGUUAUUCAUUCAUUCCAGAGAGAUGAUGUCGGGAGGUAUCACUGUGCAGCAAUCAACAAAGGAGCCAACCACACCAUUUUUAAUGUGACCAGCGACUACAUAGAAUUCACACUACGAGCUCGGGGUUAUUCCAAGGAAAUCGUGGCGUCGCUCCUCCCAGUUCUGCUGUUGGCUGGCCUGAUUGUGUUGUGGUACUACUUCCACUGGAGGGACACAGGAAACUCCACUGCGGAUUUGGUUUAUUCAGAGGUCACCAUCAAAAAGAGAACAGAGGCUGGUAAAGAUCUCUUCUCUUCAAUACUACGAAUGUAUGAGAUGGGAUUGUGGGAGAUCAGUGGGGGGAAGAGUAUUGUUUUUUCCUCCGAUGGUAAGAAGGAUUCAAAGACUGACCCCGAUGAUUAUUGUAUCGCAUACGCCACAGUGGACCUCAGCGAGCCCUCGCAGGAAGAAGACGGAGGGGAUGGAAACGUUUACAUGAAUAUUCCGCGGAAGUAA